AUGAGGUAUAAGCCAAUAAACUCGUCAGGGAAACAUGAGGCUCAUCAUCAACGCGGUCUGGAGGCGUUUGCCAGCUUCUUCAUCGGUUUUAUCCGUGCACAAACGGAAGACUCGUCGAAAAUAGCCCCACCAAGAUGUGACACGCCGAGAAAGGUAUAUGUGGGUGACGUGCUCCAGUCUAAUCCGUCCGCCCAGCAGCGGAAACUGUCAAUCAGUGACAGCUCUUGUUACCCAAUGUCCGGUGUCCCAGGCGCUGCAACACUGCCGGCUGCCGAAGGUCAUUCAACAAAUAGAGCCAGCGAACUUGACACCACCGGAACAUCGGUAAAUUUGAUAGCAGGGCAGCUCUUCGACAAUCACGGUGGUCUACCGGGUGUGUGUGAGCCAGAUGCAAAAUCGUCCGGCAAUGUUUGGUCAUUGGAGCAUUUAGCGACCCAAGAUAGCGAACUGGGGGAAGCAACCGGUUAUUCCACGCCGAAACGAUUCCCACCACAGCUUGGUGCAGCCGACAGGCAAUCUACACCCGGCAAUAAUGAAAAUCAAACCUUAUCACGCUGCAAGAACACCAAUGAAGCUGUUUUCGCGACGCCUCCCCGUACCAAUAAAGCUUCACGAAGCGGGACCGGUAGUAUGCUGCUGUCCUUUACCAGCACCCCAAUCGCCGGUAGCCGUGGGAAGACUGCAACGGCACAGCACGGAUCAUCACGCAACGGAAGUCUGGAGGUCUCAUGUCCGUCGCCCAGUACUCCCGGUAACGGUUCGCAACGUCAAGAAACUAGCGGAUUAAGCGAUGGCGGUGGUACGUUCGGCCGGCGUAAAAAAACAAGCUUACCUUGCCUCGGUGACUACAUCGUAACGCACGCGACGAAACCUCAUCGAAAUCGUCGCUCGCCAUUUACGAACAAUAACAGCGGCAGUAAUAAUGAACCCAGUGGCCUAAAUUCGUCCAGCGCGCUAAACAGUCCCAUGUUUCAGGAUGAUGACUUUCCGCAGUUGAACGUAACACCGCACAAGGACCAGACGGGCAAUGAUGACAGUGGGCAAAGCGUGAAGAAGCGUAUUUCACUCAAUGCCAAAACGUCCUACAGCGAAUCGCAAGACGGUUCGUUGCCCGGUGCUGGCAGUGGAAAGAAGUUCGGGAACCAAAGAAGGCGCAUCGCGCCAACUACCGUCAGUCGGACCGUGUCGGAACGCCAUGACUUCAACUCGUCAUCAUUCCGCUCGGAAAACAAUCUCAUAUCAAUCGAAUGCCACGACGAUGCUAGCCGUGACCCUCGGGGAAUGUUGCGCAAUCUGAAGGACGAGAUUCGAAGCGAUUUUCUCCUGGCAGAAAAGACACAGAUGCAAAGAAAUUUGCGAGCAAAACAGUCACUGCAUACGUCAUUUAAUCAGGUUGACAAUGUCAUACCUGCCACUGAGCUUGGUGCCAGUAAUAUCAGUGAGCAGGUCCAAACCGAUGACGAGAAAGAUAUAACAAAGGGAAUAAAAGCGAUAUUGAUAAUCGAAUUCGAUAAAGUGACGCAAAAGCCUACCAUCGAUCGAUUGGUAACCAUCUAUGCGCUGCUGAUGGAUCUCAACCUGGUGCCAAAUAUGCUGAACGAGCUGGCCUAUCUUAUCAACCUAGUUAGCACGGAACGGUACAUCGCCCCGGUACCGCAAAAGCAACCCGAAACCACAUCCGCCAUCACUGACAAUGCUCCGGUGGAACUCUCCUGCGUUCUACGUAGCCCGCACAACUGUGUCUACUUUGCCACCGAAGUGCUUUACCACCAACGGACACUGCUGGCACUGCUCGAUAGUACCUCACUGCGAGUCGUGGUAGAGAACGAACAGCUUGGGGCGUUGCAUCCGACGUUGAACGGUUUCCUGCGAGACAUGCUGGCGCAAAAGAUGAAACUUGAGAACCCUUUCAUCGAUCAGGCUUCCACCGGUGAUGAUCUGCUGUUGAACAAUAGCAUCACCAACGUGUUCUACCAGCAAGAAAACGAUACGAAGGAUCACUUUCCUUCAUCAAAGGAAUUUAGUGCAUUCAACAAGCAGCGCGAUCUAUUUUACGCCGCUCUAAGAGUAUGGGAAACCGAACAUUUGAAUCCAUCGUGGGAAUUCGAGGCGAAGCUCGGCUCAAAAGUUCGCGCAAUACUUGACAUUUUAAACCAUCCAAUUAAUAUGUCCCAUUUGGCGAAACUGUUUAGUGCUCAGCUGAUCAUAUCGUUUAACUUUGAUAACUCGGCCAGCGAACUUCAAAUGGCGCUACCCAACAUCGACCUGACAAAGCUAUCAAAAUUACGACAGCGGCUGGUAGGACCAAGCAUUUUUUCCACUCAGUAUCUCUUCCCCGGGAGUCAGAUGUUUUUCCGAGAUUUUAUUGUGGCUAGCGAAAAUCAUCCGAUGUUCAUUGAGCAACUGAAGGCGGUCCUCAUCCACGAGCUGUUGCAGCUGAAUGGGUCAACGUACGAAAUAUUCAACAUAUGCAGUGUAGAAAGUACGACGCGAUCGGAAUACGUGGCUCGCCCAGAAACAAUCGCCACAAUGCGCUUGCUGGCCAAGUUUAUCGGGUUCAUCAUCGCACGCCCAUUCCAGUACGAAGGAGGCCGAAACACGAUAGUGGAAAAUCGUCAAAUCGAGCUGCGUAAUAUGCUAUUGCCCCCAUUUGACGUACAACCAAUACUAUUGAAAUCUGUUGCUGAGCGAAAGCUCGUCAUAACCGUACCAUGGCUUGUGCAGUACCUUAGCAUGUUAGAUGUGGUGACGCUUCGCUUACGAUACUACGAAGAACUCUUCCGGAUGCUGCACGAUAUCUAUAAAGCGACAUCUAUGUGCCGCUUUGCUAUGGAUCGCGAGCUAUUCGUGGUCCCCACGUCCAGGUUCAUCGUUCGAUGCUGUCUGGAUUGGUUAUUCGAACAGUCCAACGUUCCAGAGGAGUACUACAAUUCAUCGGAAAUGUUUAGCAGUGUCCUUAACAACGAUCAAAUAGCAAGAUUUACUAAACAGUCGCUUCUAACGGAACAAGCGAACAGCAAUAACAAGCAACCUAUAGUGUUUAACGCAUUGUUGGAAAACAUACUCAGCGCUGCCUGUCCGUUUCUGGCCGAUUUUAGAGUGUCCGUAAUGCCAUCGAAAAUGGAGAAAAGUGUUUCUCGAACAGGUCGAUACCGCCAUAUUACCACACGUUAUUCGGGAGUGGUAACGCAAAAUCAACCGAGUGCAGUGAACGAACUAGCAACUACGCUGGACAUGUCUUCAUUGAACAUUUCCUCCACGAGCGCUGGCCAGAAUCGAUCAAAACUCGCACACGGGAACGUUCAACAACGGUUGGUUGAAGGAUUUUUACAAUCGCAAAGCCAAUCAUUGCGACGCACCGUUGAGCUAAUCGUGGACCGUGCAACGUCAGCCGUGAUAAAGGACUUUCAAAUGAUGUUUAUUCUACCCGAGAAAAAGACGGUCAAUGAUAGUAUAGCGGUGGUGAGAGCUGUAGAUUUAGAAGGCACAAAGCGAACAAUACAAACCAUCUGCGAUGAAGCACUGGACCGCAUUAACAAUACCUGGGAGAGCCACGUGCCCAAAAUGCUAAACAAACGAAUCACGGAAUCGUUUGAUGCAUUGCUCCCGGCGGAAACGCUUGACCAGGUUCGCAAACUGUGCCGAAAUAUUACACUAGAAAAGUGCCUCCAGAAAUCGAAUGAAUGGCGACAGUCGUACAUGACCAUUAGCGGCAUGUUCUGUAAAGAUGUAGAAGGUGAAUCGCAAAAUUUAAUACACAAAAAUCAACACCAGCAACAGCAACAAGCAAGCAAAACACUUACAAUCAACACCAACCAAACGGAAUUCUCGGUCGCGGAAAAUUGUGCCAUUAUGCCAUCGAGGCUGUAUGCAAAACUACAACUUUUCGUUCACCGCGCAUCAACCAGUCCGGAGAAACUUACCUCAGACGAAUUGUAUGAAUUUACCGCAGAAACUUAUGACUUUCUCGAACAACCUGGUCUCUGCACAACACCGAUGAUGGAUCGCUUACUGGCGUUCAUGUUGCUACAACUGAUUUUACUUAUAAUAAAGUCGCGCUGUGAUUUGAGCGUACUUGAGCUUUUCCAACGGGUCGUUACAAUAUGGAAACACAAGAAAUUGGCCCGCUUCUGUUUGCCACCUCCACCAGAAUCGGAGGAAUCGUCGGCCGGUGAAUCUCUAUCCUCGCACGAACGGUCGCUUAUGUAUCCUGCAGAAAUAGAGCUAUAUCGACAAACGCAGAUGCAACGAGACGCCAAUUACGUAUUUUCGCAUUUAGUAAGCAAACGCUAUAUACGAAUGCUCGAGGCUACUGCUGAACCUAAACCUCAUUAUGAAGUGUACGCAGAGUUCAUCACCGUGCUGCUUGGUGCAGAUAUUAUCACUAAGGAUUUAUUGAAUGAUCAGUUCGUCACUUUAUUCCACGAAGAUUGGCCACAGCCAACCCUGGACCGUGUUUCUGUUGUUAUCAAGCGAGUAUUGCAAAAAGGCGGUCCCUCAUCACCCCACGGCCGCCACAACAUCGACGAUUCGCACUCGGAAAUGUUUAUGGAAAUGCUGUCCGACUUUGCGAGAGAUAUUACAGAUCUUUGAUAUUUAGACAAUUGUACACAUUUUACUAGAUGUAACCGCCGUAUAGACCACGCAACAG